UGCGCUGCGCUGGGCCGGGCCGCUGCGCUGCGCGCGGAGUGGGCGAGGCGGCGGCUCUCAGAGGGGAGCCGCGCUGUGUGCUGCCCCCUUCUCUCUCCGGACCUGCCCUGGACUCCAUGUAAUGUUCAAGCUCAGAAAUGCCUUAUGUGGAUCGUCAGAAUCGCAUUUGUGGUUUCCUAGACAUUGAAGAAAAUGAGAAUAGUGGGAAGUUUCUGCGGAGGUACUUUAUCCUGGACACGAGGGAAGACAAUCUGGUAUGGUACAUGGAUAAUCCACAGAACCUUCCCUCUGGCUCUCCACCUGUUGGAGCCAUUAAACUUACCUACAUUUCAAAGGUUAGCGAUGCAACUAAGCUAAGGCCAAAGGCAGAAUUCUGUUUUGUUAUGAAUGCGGGGAUGAGAAAGUAUUUUCUACAAGCCAAUGAUCAGCAAGACCUAGUAGAAUGGGUAAAUGUUCUGAACAAAGCUAUCAAAAUCACAGUACCAAAGCAGUCUGAUCUGCUGUGUCAACCUGAUAACCCAAAUCGCCAAGUUGAAAAUCCGGGUGGAAAGAAACAAGUGUCUUACAGAACAGAAAUUGUUGGUGGUGUUCCCAUCAUUACACCUACUCAGAAAGAAGAAUUAAAUGAAUGUGGGGAAGGAGGUGACAGAAAUUACUUGAAACGGUCACAAAGCCACCUUCCUUACUUUACUGCUAAACCUCCCCCAGACAAUGCUGUAAUCAAAGCUGGCUAUUGUGUUAAACAAGGCGCUGUGAUGAAGAACUGGAAGAGAAGAUACUUUCAGUUAGAUGAAAAUACAAUAGGCUAUUUCAAAUCUGAACAGGAAAAGGAACCUCUCCGGAUCAUACCUCUUAAAGAGGUCCAUAAAGUUCAGGAAUGUAAACAAAGUGAUAUAAUGAUGAGAGACAAUCUCUUUGAAAUUGUAACAACUUCUCGAACCUUUUAUGUACAGGCAGACAGCCCGGAGGACAUGCACAGCUGGAUAAAAGCAAUAUCUGGGGCCAUAGUGGCACAACGGGGACCGGGAAGAUCAGCAGCUUCUGAGCAUUCCAGCUCUUCUUCAGAAUCCAGCUAUGCUUUCUAUUUUGCCAACACCGCAGCCACCUCACAUUCCACAGCCUCUCACAGCAACGCUCUGGUCUCAAACCUUAACGCCAAACGCCUUGCCUUGGAGAAGCGAGGAUUUCACGAAUCUUUUACCAAGGCCAAGCCAGGGAACUUCAAGGUCCAGGCUGUCCCUCCAAGAGAACCAGCUUCCAAAGUGACUGUAGAGGGCCUAUUGGAACCUCAAAGUAAAAAUGGCACUCAGGAACAGGAUCCUGGCGCAGUGGAUCUGGAUGAUGCAAGCCUUCCAGUCAGUGACGUGUAAUAAUGGAAGUGUUUGGAGAAUGAUCCAUCUGUUUGGUCCUCUAAUUUCCUUGGUCAGACUUGUAGCCAAAGAAGAUUUUAGGAAGAAAGAAGAAAGAGAAUGGAACACUGAUUUUAUGUAUGUGUGUAUAUACAUAAGUAUGUGCAUACACAGUACAUGCAUAUAUAAUUAUAUAUAUUUAAAUAAUUAUAUACUGCCUUCAAAUUAGGGUCAGAAAUAGACCUGCUUUUUCUCACAGCCUGAUAAUAAAUCACUUUUAUAAUAGGAAGGGGCCAAACUACAUGAUUCAGAUAUGUACUGCUGCCAGUAAAUAAGGUACCAGCAACUCUUUACCCUCAAUUUGGCAAACCUAAAAUUACAUUCAAUAUUUUAAUGCUAUACUAUAGAAAAUGUAAUGCCUACAAAUGUGAUCAUUUAAUUUCAUUAUAAACCCGAUUAAGACUUUAUGCAUAUGUGAGAAUUAUUUCUCUCCUCUUUUGAAAAUUUUAUGACUUUUUCAGAUACUGGGCUAUGCACAAAAAGUCUUUCGUUCCUAUCAGAUCAACAUUGUCAGCUGAAAUAUUACCAGACUAAGAAUUCUAAGCUCCCUUAGAAUUCUAAGUAUAUGGUGCUGUAAAUUUCACAUUAGAAUAAUGAUGCUAUUUUGAACAUUAAACCUAUUUUUGAUGCUCUCCUAAAGGUGAAUUGUAAUUUUUUUGCACAUUUGAUUUUAAUGGACCACCUACAAUGGUGUUUUGGAUGGGGGAGGGAAAUCAGACUACUACAUCUUACACCUUUGAAGUAAACCAGUUUUAUAUUGCAUUACAUUGAGCUUUGCUGCAAUUACUUUGUAUUAAAUGUCUAAACAUAUUGUUUAGGGUUACUUUUUUGAGAGAUUUUUUCCUAUCGGUGCUUUGUGAACAGUUCUUGUUUCUAUAUUUGGAUCAGUGAAAGACCUCAUUUAUUUAGUUUGAUGUCAAAACUGGUACUGAACUGUUUAUAGUCAUGCAAUUGUGGCCUGUAAUUUUGGUGCACUAAUAAUCUAUUAAAGUGCCUGUGUUUUUUCUCAUCUUGUUAAACAUUUUGAGAUUCGAUGUGUACACGGACCUUAUUUACAUGGUUUUGAACCUUGGGGUGAAAUUAUUUUGAGUAACAUAGUUCAAAACAAUUAUUUAAAAUAAAAAAUCUUAUGCUAGGGAUACCAGCAUGCUGGUAUUGCAUCUACUAGCUGUGCAAUAUGUGAUUUUUAUAAAACUGAAUAUUUGUUACAUGUGUGCAUUGUUAUGGGCUUCAGUGAUGCAAACAAAAGAUCUAAGAACUUUUACAUUUCAAAUAUUUGAUUAGCUUGAGCAUGUACUGGUUUCAUAGUUAGGUUUUAAAAAUGUUUGCUGUAACCAAAAAAAAAAAACCACCACCAACCCCACAAAUUUCAUAUGCUGCUGCUUAUUGUGAUUCACAUUUCCCAGUGUUGCAAUACUGUUCGUCGUCUGGAACUUAACAAUUACAUAUCAGAAAAGUCCAUCUUCUCUCCAGUUUCCAAACUGACUUCUGACCUGAGAGAGGGGGGGUUUUUCCACAGUAACUUGUUGAUCCAAGGAUAGAGUAAUUGGUGUAAUGCGAGAAUUAAAUAUUAACUAGUUUCAAAACCAUUACAUCACCAUCUUUAAUUUUUUAAUCCAUAAGCUAACCACUGUUUUUAGGCAAUAGUAUUUGUAAAUUACACUUUCAUUCUACUCUUCAACAUCACAUGAAAGCUAGUCCAGGGUUGGAAAUUAUUGUGGCAGUCUAAACAAGUAGUGUAGUUUUUAACUUGUAUCAAAAUAAGACAACGGUUCUUUGAAAGCUUAUUUUUCACAAGUACACAAUGUGGGAGACACUAGUAAAAAUAUUUCAAUUCAAAUAGUUCUCACAUUUAAAAUCACUUGCUCUGGUACAGUUUUGGCACUGCAUGUUCAUUUUACUAUAUUUUGGUAUUGGCAAUUUUAUGUAUGAGGUGGAGGUAAAGCAGCUCCAUUAUGGGACUUGUUAAAAUUAGAACUACUGUUGUAGUUCAGUAGCAUAGGAAAAUAUAUUUGUGGUUGGUAAUUGUCAAGGUCUCCUAUUUAUCAGUACUUUUAUAAUCUAUAAAAAUUGUUAAAUUAUUUUAGAACCAGUGCUAUUUCCUGUAAAUAUGUCACAUUUAAAUUGUCAAUAAAUCAGUUUGAUAACUUAAAAGAA